AUGCCGUCUCGCUCGAUUCCCUCGUCGGAGCAAACCCUCCAUCUCCCCGCCGGCAAUGAAACCCCUCCCUCUCCAUCUCCCCUCGCCCACCACCACCGGCUAUCUUCCCGCCAACUCCUCCCCCCGCUCGCCACCGCCACGACCACCACCGUGGCUUUCUCCUUCCUCCUCAUCUUCGCCGCCUGCUUCCGCAAGCUCACCCAGAAGCGGACCGUGCCUUCCGACUCCAAGCCCCCUCACCGCUUCCCUCACUCCGCCCUCCGCCGCGCCACCAACAACUUCUCUCCCGCGCUCCGCCUCGGCCAGGGCGGGUUCGGGUCGGUCUUCCGGGGAACCCUCCCCGACGGGCAACUCGUCGCGGUGAAAUUGAUGGACUCCGGGUCGCUUCAGGGGGAGAGGGAGUUUCAGAACGAGCUCUUCUUCGCCUCCAAGCUCGAAUCGCCUUACGCUGUCACCGCCAUGGGAUUCUCCGCCGACAGGAAGCGGAGGGCGAUGCUGCUCGUCUACGAGCUGAUGCCCAACGGGAAUCUGCAGGACGCUCUGCUCCACAGGAAGUGCCCCGAGCUGUUCGAGUGGAAGCAGAGGUUCAGCGUCGCCGUGGAUGUCGCUAGGGGGUUGGAGUAUCUUCACUCGUUGGAUCCGCCGGUGAUUCACGGCGAUGUGAAGCCCAGCAAUGUUCUGUUGGACCAGUUCUUCUCGGCGAGGAUUGCGGAUUUCGGUUUGGCUUGGUCGAAGAAGGCGGCGGAGGAGGAGGGGAAUCAGGAAAAGAGGAACGGCGAAUUGGAGAUGAAGAAGGUCGAAUUGGAGGCGGAAGAUUGUGGAUCUGUGAUGGAAGCCGAGAGCGUGACCACCGCAGGGUUCGAGGAGUUCGGUUUGGGAGUGGACCAGUCGCCGGAGAGCGUGUUCAGGGUUCCGGUCUCCCUCACGUCGCCGGAGACAACCGGGGGUGUGAGUUUGUCGCCGGAGACGGUCGGGGUGCCCGUCUCGCCGCCAACAGAGGUAAUUGUGAAUAUCGAUAAAGUUAGUGUAGCUAGCGGGAAAGAAGCAGCCUCAAAGAGUGGUAAAGAUUGGUGGUGGAAACAGGCCGCCGGGGCGGCAGCGCCGGUGAAGGACUAUGUAAUGGAGUGGAUUGGAACAGAGAUCAAAAGGGAAACCCCCAGCAGCGAAUGGAUUUCAAGUUCAACUCCAUCGACCAGCAACCAACCGAUUACCAAAACCAGCAAAAAGAAGAAGGAACGCAAGCGAUUGGAUUGGUGGGUAUCACUCGACGAGGAGAAGGAAAAGAAGAUUCUCAAAAAGGAAAGGAAAAGGGCGCCAAGGGAAUGGUGGAAAGAAGAGUACUGCGAAGAGCUGGAGAAGAAGAAGAGGAAGCAGAAGAAGAAGGAACGAGAAAUGGGCAUUGUAAAGGGCAACUCCGCCGAAGAUUGGUGGCCUGCUGCAGGGGACGGAGAAGAAUCAUACACCGGAGGAAAGAAGAAGAGGAAGAAGAACAGUAGCCACGAUUGGUUCAGCGGCGAGCUCUUCAGAGGCCGAUUCAACAGCCACGACUCGCUCAGCGGGGACAUUGCAAUCCCCAAGAGCGGCGGAGUCAGCAGCACGCCGAGCAUGCGAGGAACCGUCUGUUACGUGGCGCCGGAGUACGGCGGAGGAGGGGAUUUGUCUGAAAAAUCCGAUGUCUACAGCUUUGGGGUUUUGCUAUUAGUUGUGAUGGCAGGGAGGCGGCCCCUUCAGGUGACGAAUUCGCCCAUGUCGGAGUUCCAGCGAGCGAAUCUGAUACAUUGGGCUCGAAACCUGGCUCGAGCAGGGAAGCUGAUCGAUCUGGUCGAUGGAUCGAUACGAGGUUUGGAUCGAGAGCAGGCCACAUUGUGUGUCACGGUGGCUCUGCUCUGCUUGCAGAAGUCUCCGGCUGCUCGGCCGUCGAUGAAGGAGGUUGUUGGGAUGUUGAGUGGUGGUGUUGAGGUUCCUGCUUUGCCUAUCGAGUUCUCGCCUUCGCCUCCUUCAAGGGUUCGGUUCAAGUCCAAGCAGCGGAAGAAGGGAAGUCUCAACACUGAUAAGCCAUUGUAG